AUGGAUGAAACUGCGGCAGCCCGGGAGGCCGGAGGAAGCAUGCACACAUCCGGGGCCGGUAGAUCGGACCAGGUGGAUACGGCCGGCCUCUCUCUCAAGCUGGAUUCUGGAGACAUGGGUUCGUAUGGCUGUGCUUUAUGCUGUGCUUUAUUUUGAGACGAGUUUAAUUGACUCAAGACAUUUGCAUUAGAGCUUGUUCAGAUGAACUAAAGUGUCUGUAGAGCGCUGGCACCGUUCGAUGGUGCAUAUAAGGGUUCAUUCAGGUUUUGGUCCAGCUAUCGAUUAUGGUUUUUCUCAGUAGACUAAAUGAUCUGUCAGUUUCCAGACCUAAGAAAUGAUUUAUGUUAAUAGGCCUAUAGUUAACCAAUAUGGUCAUCCUGCUAUUUCUAAAGACAAUGACAAGCUGCCAGCAACCACCAAAAGGAAAAGCCUAAUGAAUUAAUGCAAACAUUGAGCAUACAGAAGCUGACCUUGUCCUGAUUAAAAUGUACAGCAUGCAGUAGUUGGUAGGCAAUGUCCAGGGCCUGACUAUGUGAAAGUGGUCGCCCUCCUGAAUCUAUAUGAUUUUUGAUAAUCAUCUUCACUAUCCUAUUUAAUCGUGGAUGUCGAUUAAGGCAGCCCGCCUCACCUCUCUGAUUCAGAGGGGUGGGGUUAAAUGCGGAAGACACAUUUCAGUUGAAUGCAUUCAGUUGUACAACUGACUAGGUAUCCCCUUUCCCUAUAUAGAUCAAACUAGGCCAAUGUCUUUGUCACAUAAAAGUGUUACAAUUAAAGAUGAAACACCAGGAAGCCGAUUGAAACCUAAUGCAUGGGGUUGAAUUAUAAAUGAACAGAAAUGUCCUGAGCCUCUCUGCCUCUGCUUUACCUGAGUGUCACUGAAUGACCAGGAGAACAGGCUCGCACCUAGGGGCAGGCAGAGUAUAUAGGCAACAGCGCAACAGUUUAGCCUAUAUUAAAAUAUUCCUAGGUAGCCUUGAAUAUAGGAAGAACACCUUGUACCAGAUAUGUAUGUAAGCUGUGUAAGUCCUUCGUUGUAUUCUAGUCCAUUACAGGAGAUCUAUUACUGAACCCAGAACCAACUCUCUCAAGUGCGCUGGCCAGCUACUCAAUUUUGUUUCUGUCACAAUAGACUAUUACAUAGUUCCACUGCUAUUACUCUGGUAUAACAGCAGUAUAAUGUAACCAAUCUUUAUUUGUGGUCCUCUGUAGCUCAGCUGGUAGAGCACGGCGCUUGUAACGCCAAGGUAGUGGGUUCGAUCCCCGGGACCACCCAUACACAAAAAAAUAAAUGUAUGCACACAUGACUGUAAGUCGCUUUGGAUAAAAGCGUCUGCUAAAUGGCAUAUUAUUAUUAUUAUUAUUAUUAUUAUUUAAAGAUGAUAAGACAAGCGUCAGAAAGGAACUGGAAGCAGUAUGUGUGUAUUAGAUGUUAUGUUAACCGAACCAUCAAGCUGUACUCCAUCUUCUGUGCUUCCUCUCAGUAAAGCUGUUCAAGCAGAGUUGAACACUGCACAUACACACACCAGUGAUUUUCUCCUUUUUCAAACCAAGUAUGAGAGAAUGAACAGUAUGGAGUAGGAAUGAAUGAACAGUGAAUUUCAAUGCCUUGGCAGAUUCCCUAUUGCACAUGGAGUAAAUGGAAAUUGAAUGGGCAACAGGGGUGUUUGUGUUCAUAGUUCACACAUACAUUUGAUUCGUAGAACAUAAUUGACUGGUUUUCUUAGCAGCUCUUCUUGCAGUCAUUUCCCUAUUGAAUUUGCACAGUUUCCCAUCUGUAGAGAAGCAGCAACUCCCCCAACAUACACACACACACACACACACACACACACACACACACACACACACACACACACACACACACACACACACACACACACACACACACACACACACACACACACACACACACACACACACAUAGUAGCAGAGCAUUAUCUGCUAUAAUCAGCUUAUCAGCAGCACUUAGACUAGUGAUGGCGCUAGAGACUGGCAUCUGGUACAAUCCUCAUCCAGCAGACCUCUAACCCCCUCUCUUCCUCUCUCACUCUCUCGCCUCUUUCACCUGGUCAGUCUGUCAUGGAAAGAGCAGGUUUUUAAAAAUGUUUUGAAUAAUCAGUUUACAUUGCUAUCUGAGCAGUCUGAUUUCUCUUACUAAGUGUUGGCACUCACACAAAACUGCACCUACUCAAGCCUGAAGGAAUGGUCUCAAAUCUCCUAUGGUGGAAAUGAGGGAUGUGUGUGUGCCUGUGAGCACACUUGUGUGUACAGCAUCGUGUGCAUGCACGUGUGCGUGUGUGUGCACGCUCGCAUGUAACAGCUCUAUCCCCUAGUCGGCAGUGUUGUGCUAUUAGACAGUCUUACGCAACUCUUGUUUACGUGUCAAUAACACUCGCCAUCAGGCAGCCAUCUUCUGAGCUGGCCAGUGAGAGGCCUAAUCCUCUUUAUAUCAUAAAACACACACGCCUAGCAGUCUAAUGCCUACAAAUUCCAAUGCAAUCCCUGGAAAUGCAGAUACCUCUGGAAACCCAAUCAGUCAUUGUAUGAUCUGAAACAUUCAGUCUUUUCAGUCUAUAUUGCAAAAAGUACCGUUGAGCAUACAAGGAUGCCAGGGUCUUAGGCACUGACGCAAAUUUCUCACUUUGCUCCUGAAUAACCGGGUGAUGAACGAGACUUGGAAGCAUGGUAACGCGAGACUAUGUUGACCCUGAUACACUAGUAUUGUAUGGUAAUAGGUGUCCUUUGAGGAUAGCGCCUCAGCAUAUUAUAACUGACCUUAAUCCUAUAGCACAGAGGUACUGGCUACCUGAGUGUUCCUUCUGAAGGUUUUGUUUGAGUGUUCGAUUCUGUUUGUGUUCCAUCUGAGUGCUCUACCAUCUGAGUGUUCUGUCUUUCUGUCAGUUCUUCUUCUAAGUGUUCCAUACGGGUUUUGUGUCCGAGUGUUCUGUCUUUUUCAGUCUUCCGUCUGUCUGAGCGUUCCGUCUGGGUUCGAGUCUGAGUGUUCUAUCUUUCUGAAUGUUCUGUCUCUUGAGUGUUCUGUAUGUCUGAGUGUUCUGUCUGAAUCUUAUGUCUUUCUAAAUGUUCUGCAUAUAUAAUUAGGAAUUAGAACUCUGCAUGAUUGGCAAAGUCCUGCAAAAAGAUCUGAAGGCCAUUAGCCCAGUGUCAUUGCCAGACUUUUAGGUCGAAGACUAACGAGAUUGGGUCGGCUCUAGUGUGUCACAUUGUUUCGUCUCUGGUGUCCUUCUGUCUCACUCAUCUGUAAGUCUCUCUCUUUCUUUUCACGGGCCAACUUCCUGCCGCUGGUUGUUCCGGCGGCGGGCACCCCACUUAAUCCUGCACUCUGAUUGGCUGCUCACUGCUCAGGGCAUCCUGUCUCCUGGGAGACGGUGGUUGUGUCAACCAAUGACAGAGAGUUCAGAUUAGAGAGCCUGUCAAUCCUAAAGAGUCACCUUCCCAGGACAGAUCUGCUCUAGAAAUAGAUUAUAUCUACGUCAACUGCAGACACCAACUACCGUCAGGUUUGAGUUUUGGUGUGUUUUGGUAUUUUUGUGUGUUUUUGGUGGCAAUAACUGGAGUACUAUUUCACGUUCAGGCUUGAGUGACAAAGAGUUGGGUGAGACAUUCAAAACUCUCCGGGGUAGAUGUGUUUACGCAUACUCAGGGUGUUAAAGAUAUGAAUGUAUAUAUAACCAGAAUUGUUUCUUGGGUUGUGUCUGGCUGUGCUUGUGUACAUAUCCAUGAAGGAUUAGCGUUGACGUACUGCUAGUGGGUAUUUUGAUUUAAUUUGUUAUUUUAAUUCAUCAGCAUUUCAUUUUGAUUUAAUUUGUUAUUUUAAUGCAUCAGCAUUAGUUAACUACCCUCUACUGCACUGUAUUUCUACACCUGUAAUGCUAUUUGAGCCUAGAACCAGGUGUAAAGAAUAUAAGCGUAGUAUAAGGCAUUUGAUGGAUAGGUCCAUGUGUGUGUGCUUGUGUGAUGACCAUCUGCACCUGGCUUCAUGGGCAUAAGUCCAGCAUUGUAUGGUUAGGGUAGCAUGGGUCAAGUCAUGUGUCAGGUUGAUGUGUGCGUCUGUGUGUGUCAGUAAUGUCAGUAUGUGUUGUGGAUGGUGUCCAACACUGGUAAUAGUAGACAAGCUUGGGUUGGGCCAUCUUCACAACGCCACUGAUACUUUCCAGAGGGAAUACACCUUUAAUAGUCGUGUAGAUACAGUAUAUAAACACUGAUGUGUGUAGCUUUGGUUUCAGUCUUUUAUACACGACUGGCAAUAACAGGUGCAUACUUAACCCUGGUGCCUUUUUCCCUGGUUUAUGCAUGUAUCUAACAGUUAGGCCUAAAUCAUGUAUUGAUGUUCUCUCUUUCUCUCUUCUCUGUUAAUCAACAGAAGACGCUGGUCCUAGGAGGUCUACAAUAACUAGCGAGGUGAGGGCUAGUUACACACACACACUAAAUAUACCUAAAAUGACAUAUGUUUUUAUGCAGUAAAGCGUGCACUGCAGUGGAAGUAACCCACAAAUAAAACGAGUCCCCCCUCUUCUCCCUCAGAUGCCGUCCCCCACAGCUCAGGGUCUAGGCCCAGGUCAGGAGAAGAAGAUUGGCCACAGGAGAGUAGACGCCUCUGGAGAGACCACCUACAAGAAGGUACAGUACUCCUUUCCUCUUCUGCAUCCCUUUCUCUCCUUACAUUUACAUUUACAUUUACGUCAUUUAGCAGACGCUCUUAUCCAGAGCGACUUACAAAUAGGUGCAUUCACCUUAUAGCCAGUGGGAUAACCACUUUACAAUGUUUAUUUUUUUUUGGGGGGGGGGGGUAGAAGGAUUACUUUAUCCUAUCCCAGGUAUUCCUUAAAGAGGUGGGGUUUCAAAUGUCUCCGGAAGGUGGUGAGUGACUCCGCUGUCCUGGCGUCGUGAGGGAGCUUGUUCCACCAUUGGGGUGCCAGAGCAGCGAACAGUUUUGACUGGGCUGAGCGGGAACUAUACUUCCGCAGAGGUAGGGGAGCCAGCAGGCCAGAGGUGGAUGAACGCAAUGCCCUCGUUUGGGUGUAGGGACUGAUCAGAGCCUGAAGGUACGGAGGUGCCGUUCCCCUCACAGCUCCAUAGGCAAGCACCAUGGUCUUGUAGCAGAUGCGAGCUUCAACUGGAAGCCAGUGGAGUGUGCGGAGGAGCGGGGUGACGUGAGAGAACUUGGGAAGGUUGAACACCAGACGGGCUGCGGCAUUCUGGAUGAGUUGUAGGGGUUUAAUGGCACAGGCAGGGAGCCCAGCCAACAGCGAGUUGCAGUAAUCCAGACGGGAGAUGACAAAUGCCUGGAUUAGGACCUGUGCCGCUUCCUGUGUAAGGCAGGGUCGUACUCUCCGAAUGUUGUAGAGCAUGAACCUACAGGAUCGGGUCACCGCCUUGAUGUUAGCGGAGAACGACAGGGUGUUGUCCAGGGUCACGCCAAGGCUCUUCGCACUCUGGGAGGAGGACACAACGGAGUUGUCAACCGUGAUGGCGGUUUUCUUCCUUCCACUCUCCCCUGACCUUUCUGACCUUUCUGUACUUCUUUUCCUUCUCCUAUCUCACUUAUCCUCCUUUCAUCCUUUUCCUCCCUCAUAUUAGUUUUCAUGGAUCUAUUUAAGUGACUUGUGGUUUGUAACCUGACUGCCUGUGCCCUACAGACCACGUCCUCUGCCCUGAAAGGUGCCAUCCAGCUGGGCAUCGGCUACACGGUGGGCAACCUGAGCUCCAAGCCGGAGAGAGAUGUCCUCAUGCAGGACUUCUACGUGGUCGAGAGCAUCUUCUUCCCCAGGUGUGUUUCUGAUUGUGUGUGUUUUGUAUGGAUGGAAGAUGUGUUUGUAAAUGGGGAGGGGGGGUUGUGUGUAUGUGUGUGUGUGUGCAUAGAUACUCAAAUCUAUGAUAGAUACUCUCAAGUACGAUGCCCCUUUCUCUCUCCUGUCUUUAUCUCUUUCUGGCUCCCACUCCCAUAUUCUCUCCCUCUUCUCACCAGUGAGGGUAGUAACCUGACUCCUGCCCACCACUACCCAGACUUCAGGUUUAAGACCUACGCCCCCGUGGCCUUCCGUUACUUCAGAGAGCUGUUUGGGAUCCGACCCGAUGACUACCUGGUGAGAGACAGUAACCAUAGUAAAAGCAUUACAGAUAGUCUUGUUAAUAUGUAGGUUAAAUAUACACUACCAUUCAAAUGUUUGGGGUCACUUAGAAAUGUCCUUGUUUUCCAUGAAAACAUACAUGAAAUGUGUUUGAAUAGGAGGAAAAAGCAAAAUGCAUAGGAAAUGUAGUCAUUGACAAGGUUAGAAAUAAUGAUUUUUAAUAGAAAUAAUAAUUGUGUCCUUCAAACUUUGCUUUCAUCAAAGAAUCCUCCAUUUGCAGCAAUUACAGCCUUGCAGACCUUUGGCAUUCUAGUUGUCAAUUUGUUGAGGUAAUCUGAAGAGUUUUCACCCCAUGCUUCCUGAAGCACCUCCCACAAGUUGGAUUGGCUUGAUGGGCACUUCUUACGUACCAUACGGUCAAGCUGCUCCCACAACAGCUCAAUAGGGUUAAGAUCCGGUGACCGUGUUGGCCACUCAAUUAUAGACAGAAUACCAGCUGACUGCUUCUUCCCUAAAAGUUAUUGCAUAGUUUGGAGCUGUGCUUUGGGUCAUUGUCCUGUUGUAGGAGGAAAUUGGCUCCAAUCAAGCGCCAUCCACAGGGUAUGGCAUGGCGUUGCAAAAUGGAGUGAUAGCCUUCCUUCUUCAAGAUCCCUUUUACCCUGUACAAAUCUCCCACUUUGCCACCACCAAAGCAUCCCCAGACCAUCACAUUGCCUCCACCAUGCUUGACAGAUAGCAUCAAGCACUCCUCCAGCAUCUUUUCAUUUGGUCUGCAUCUCACAAAUGUUAUUUGUGAUCCGAACACCUCACACUUCGAUUCGUCUGUCCAUAACACUUUUUUUCCAAUCUUCCUCUGUCCAUUGUCUGUGUUCUUUUGCCCAUCUUAAUCUUUUCUUUUUAUUGGCUAGUCUGAGAUAUGGCUUUUUCUUUGCAACUCUGCCUAGAAGGUCAGCAUCCCGGAGUCGCCUCUUCACUGUUGACGUUGAGACUGAUGUUUUGCGGGUACUAUUUAAUGAAGCUGUCAGUUGAGGACCUGUGAGGCGUCUGUUUCUCAAACUAGAUACUCUAAUGUAUUUGUCCUCUUGCUCAGUUGUGCACCGGGGCCUCCCACUCCUCUUUCUAUUCUGGUUAGAGCCAGUUUGCGCUGUUCUGUGAAGGGAGUAGUACACAGCGUUGUACGAGAUCUUCAGUUUCUUGGCAAUUUCUCACAUGGAAUAGUCUUCAUUUCUCAGAACAAGAAUAGACUGAUGAGAUUCAGAAGAAAGUUUGUUGUUUCUGGCCAUUUUGAGCCUGUAAUCGAAUCCACAAUUGCUGAUGCUCCAGAUACUCAACUAGUCUCAAGAAGGCCAGUUUUAUUGCUUCUUUAAUCAGCACAACAGUUUUCAGCUGUGCUAACAUAAUUGCAAAAGGGAUUUCUAAUGAUCAAUUAGCCUUUUAAAAUGAGAAACUUGGAUUAGCAAACACAACGUGCCAUUAGAACACAGGACUGAUGGUUGCUGAUAAUGGGCCUCUGUACGCCUAUGUAGAUAUUCCAUUAAAAAUCUGCCGUUUCCAGCUACAAUAGCCAUUUACAACAUUAACAAUGUCUACACUGUAUUUCUGAUCAAUUUUAUGUUAUUUUAAUGGACAAAAUAAUUGAUUUUCUUUCGAAAACAAGGACAUUUCUAAGUGACCCCAAACUUUUGAACGUUAGUGUAGUAUCCUACAUCAGGUGAUUCAUUGCAUAAUAUGACAUCCUGUGGAUUUAUCAAGGAAACAUGAUCCUCUGUUACAUAUGCUCUGGCCACACACACUGGAAUACAUAUGCACAGAUUGAUUAACACACAGGCAGACAUUAUACAUGCUGACACACAUACACUCUGACACACAUACUGUAAAUACAUGCACACACACAGUCACUCCAAUAACCUCACACUACCGGCACCAGAUGGAGAUUAGCAUACUAAGACUUUCUUUUUAAAGCUCCAAGCUGAUAACAGUAGACACUCAGUUACAGUAUAGGCCUACUCAGAAACAACGUUGGAGUAUCUAUUUCUAUUGGUUUCUAUGUACAUGCAUAGUUUUACAAUUACAGGAAAAUAUAAUAUUUUACUCACUGUAUGAGCAUGAGGAAUCCAUUCUGCAACAUUCUUAGUUUUUCUCUGAAAAAGAGAGAGUGCAUGGGUAUCUUAAUUAUACUCAUUGUGUAGAGACAGAGGAUCUUCACUCUCUCCCCUUAUGCCUGUUCAAGCCCCUGUAUAUCUGGCCUUCCAGAAAGUAGAAACCCUGCAAAGUGCCUAAUGAAGGACCAUCUAAAGCACCCUAUAAAGUGCCCUAUAUGAACCUCUCCAGUGUUGGUGCCAUUUUCUAUGUUAUCUCUACGGCCCACUGAUGUAUCCUGUGUGUAUAUAUGUGCUUUCUCUUCAGUACUCUCUAUGUAAUGAGCCCCUAAUCGAGCUGUCCAAUCCCGGUGCCAGCGGCUCCAUAUUCUAUGUAACCAGGGACGACGAGUUCAUCAUCAAAACAGUCAAUGCCAAGGAGGCGGAGUUUCUGCAGAAACUACUUCCUGGAUACUACAUGGUCAGUAUGUCACAAGCCCCUCCUUCAUUCCAAUGAAUGUGUGUGUGCAUGUGUGUUGGUCACAUCUUAGCCCCCUGGGGUUAACCUAUGUUCAGCUAUGACGCCAAUAGGGACUUCCAUGGACUAAGCACAUCACUAAGAAACGUCACACGCCUUAAGCACACACGGCCAGAGGUUUUAAAUUCAACCGACUCACGUCUGUCAGGUGUCUUGGACAGGAGCCAGGAGCCAGGAGUCAGGGUCACUGCAGGCAGAAUCUGCAGGGGCAUGUCUUGUUAAUGUUAUUAUAAUAACGUUUUUAUAACGUAUAGCAAGCUAAUCAAUUAACCUUUUGUACAGUAUUCUUGUUUUUGUAUCAAUGUAUGGCUUAAUGAACAUUAAUUUCCCAGGCAUUUCUUAUUUCUACAAAUGUUUUAAGGGGAAAUGUUUAACUAGUCAAACUGACAUUAUAUCUAAAAUUCACUGGAUUUGAUGUCCUAAUCAUUUCCCAAUGUUGCAUGUAAAGAACACUAAAAUAGGCACAGAAUUAUCUUUUUCUCACUCUUUAAUUUUCCCCUUCUCCCCUCUUCCUCUCUUCUCUCUAGAAUCUGAAUCAGAACCCGAGGACCCUGCUUCCUAAGUUCUUUGGUCUCUACUGCGUCCAGUCUGGUGGUAAAAACAUCCGCAUCGUGGUCAUGAACAAUGUGUUACCACGCGCCGUACGCAUGCACCUCAAGUUCGACCUGAAGGGCUCCACGUAUAAACGGCGUGCGUCGAAGAAAGAGAGGGAGAAAUCGAAUCCCACCUUUAAAGAUCUGGACUUUAUAUCAGAUGUACCGGAAGGACUGACCCUGGAUCAGGAUACAUACAGCGCCCUGCUAAAGACCCUACAGAGAGACUGUCUGGUGAGAAAGGGAGGAUGAGGAGAAGGGAAAUGAGGAGAGGGUGGGGGGAAUACAUAAGACCCUCCCUGUCUGGUGAGAGAGGGAGAAGAGGAAGAGAAGGGGAGGGAAGAGAGUGGAGGAAGAGUAGGGUGGUUUGGGAUGGACUUACAGGGGAAAACCCAAAAGAGAGACUGGCAUAGAGAGGAGAGAUUGGAUGUAGAAGGAAGGGGAGGAUGAAAGCCAUUAUGACCUGUGUGUCUGUGCUGUCUGGUAGAUCCUCCGAUCAUUCAUUCUGAUCUUCAUUUUCUGUCUGUGGUACUCCAGGUGCUAGAGAGCUUUAAGAUCAUGGACUACAGUCUACUGCUGGGGGUCCACAACCUGGGCCAGGCUGUGAGAGAGUCCCAGGGCUCACCAGCAGGGGGCGAUGAAAAGAAGCCUCUGGCCCAGAGAGCCCUCUACUCCACUGCCAUGGAGUCUAUACAGGGAGGGAAGGCUUGUAGAGACACACUAGACCACGAUGCUACGUGAGUUACCAAGCUAACACACACAGACAUGCAUGUACACACAAACACAUAGAUUCUCUGAGUCUUGGAGUCCUCUCCCACUAAAUGAGAUUAUUUCUUUCUCUCUCUCUCUCUCUCUAGGAUGGGUGGUAUUCCUGCUGUGGAUGGUAAAGGAGAGCGACUCCUUCUCUUUAUUGGAAUUAUCGACAUACUGCAGUCCUACAGGUCAAUUUCACAAAAUCACUCAUUGAGUUACUAAUGAUGUCCUACUAAUCAAAAGCACCAGUACCAAUAUAAUGAUGUAUGAAUCACUGAGUUAUUUUUCUUGUCCUGCAGGCUCAUCAAGAAACUGGAGCACUCGUGGAAGUCUCUGAUCAGUGACGGGGUGAGUCCAGUCGCAGGUUGACGUUUAUUGUCAUGAAUCUUACCCGGGAGGCAGAACUGAGCAAUUUCUGCUAGAUGGGCUAGCUGCAAAGUCAAAAUUGGCUAUAUCGGGGAAAAAAAUUAUGAAAACAAAAAGUAGCUUUUUGUUCUUCAUUUAAGGUUAGAGUUAGGCAUUAGGGUUAGCAGUGUGGUUAAGGUUAGGUUUAGGUUUAAAAUCAGAUUUUAUGACUUUGUGGCUGUGCCAGCUAGUGACCACUCUGCAGAGCUGCCUCCAGGGCAAUAUUCAUCACAAUAAAUGCCACCCUGCAGUCCAAUCCUCAGACUGUGGCACCUUUCCUAGGUUUACACAGGCCCGGUGACAAGCUGCUCUACUUACAGCUACAUAAUCCAACACAUACAGUCAACAGCAUAUAGACAGACAAAAUGUCCUUACACUUUUAAGGAGUAGCCUAUGGAUGGAACAUUACUCUGAUACUGGGAAUGGCUAGUAGGUUAUUAUUUUAGAACCAACUAGAGGUUUGAAAAGGUGACAUGGACUAACUCUCCCAUUUCAAUAAUUCACUACGGUAUGCCUGACUGUGUAGAUGUGUUUGAUGGUUUGUUUGCUAAGAUGGUUUCCCCUUCUCUCUAUCUCUCUCAGGACACAGUGUCAGUCCACAGGCCCAGUUUCUAUGCAGACAGGUUCUACAAGUUCUGCAGCACCACCGUCUUUAGAAAGAGCUGCUGUGAGUAGGAACACAUUACACUACAUACAACAAAUGUUUUAUUUUAUAUUUCUGCUCACAAACCACAUAUUGAGUAUUCGAUUAAUUGAGAUUUCCUUGUGAAUACUUUCUCUUUUCUCUCUCAUCCAUCUCCACCCUCUUUCUCGCCUCUCCUCCCCUCCAGCCCUGAGGUCUUCUCCCUCCAAGAGGGGACGAGGAGGGGCUCUGCCCGUGCCCAAAAUCAGUGUCCAAACACAGCUUUCCAUAGAGAGAGAGAACCAGGAGAACGAAGACCUGCACCUCAGAGGGGCUCGUGGCUUCCCUCUGCUGGAGGAGGACGGUAAGACGGUUACCACACUCCAUAUAUCUAUACAGAGGCUGACCUAAGGAAACUGGCUCUCCUGUUUGAGCCAAAAAGGCCGACAAGCAUUUGAGGACAAAUAGCUUUUUUUCAACACAGCUAUUUGGGUGAAGUGUCAUGCUGUGGUGGUAGAUUACUAAUACUCUUAUCACUAUAAUUUCUCUCUCUCUUCUCGCCUCUCAGGUCAGAGAGAGCAUCCCCAUACUCCUCCGUCUUUGGAGGAUGCGACCACAGCAUCCAUCGCUACCACUCUCUCCUCAACCAACUCUCUCCCUACCACACCCUUUGAUACACCAGAACACCCACGUUUCAGGUACACACACACACACACACACUAGAGAACUACUACAGCAGCAAGCUAGCUCAUUCUCCAACAGAAAGGUGCAGUAUUCAGAAGUAUUGACAGUGACCAAAAUCAAACUCCUGCUGCAAAUAUGAAAUUACAUUUACAUUUUAGUCAUUUAGCAGAUGCUCUUAUCCAGAGCGACUUACAGUUAGUAAACUUUUUGAUUUUUUCAUACUGGCCCCCCGUGGGAAUCGAAUCCACAACCCUGGCGUUGCAAGCGCCAUGCUCUACCAACUGAGCUAUUUUAUUGGUCGCAUACACAUAUUUAGCAGAUGUAUGUGAUGGGAUUUAUGGACAGUAUGUAGUAUAUCUGAAGAAUACGUAGGAUAGAAUACUAUAUGUACAGCAAUAGUUGAAUAGGAUGGCCUUGACGAGAAUACAGUAUAUACAUAUGAAAUGGGUAAAACAGUAUGUCAACAUUAUUAAAGUGACCAGUGUUCCAUUAUAAAAGUGACCAGUGUUCCAUGUCUAUGUACAUAGGGCAGAAGCCUCUAAGGUGCAGGGUUGAGGAACCGGGAGGUAGCUGGCUAGUGACUGAGUUCAGGGCAGGGUACUGGGUGGAGGCCGGAUAGUGAUGGCUAUUUAACAGUCUGAUGGCCUUGAGAUAGAAGCUGUUUUUCAGUCUCUCUGUCCCAGCUUUGAUGCACCUGUACAGACCUCGCCUUCUGGAUGAUAGCGGGGGAACAGGCCGUGGCUCGGGUGGCUGAGGUCCUUGAUGAUCUUCUUGGCCUUCCUGUGGGUGGACCAUUUCAGAUUGUCAGUGAUGUGUACACCCAGGAACUUGAAGCUUUUCACCUUCUCCCUUGUGGCCCCCGUCGGUGUGGAUGGGGGCGUGCUCCCUCUGCUGUCUCCUGAAGUUCACGAUCAGCUCCUUCGUUUUGUUGAUGUUGAGGUUAUUUUCCUGCCACCACUCCGCCAGGUCCCUCACCUCCUCCCUGUAGGCUGUCUCGUCGUUGUUGGUAAUCAUGCCUACCACUGUUGGGUUGUCUGCUAACUUGAUGAUUGUAUUAGUUUAGUUAAUUGACUAAUAAUAAGGCUCGGGGCGACGUGCCCGGACAUUCAUGCAAUAAGCAAGCUAGCUAAGCAGAUGGCUAUGUGACCUGUUAGCAAAGAUUACGAUAACUAACCCUUUCAUAUGUGGUGUUAGCUAGCAAGCUAUAUUAGCUACUAUGCUGGCUAGAUAAACAUGGUGCUAAGAUAUCAGAUAGGAGCUUAUAGGCAACGUAGUUAGCUAACAUUAGCUGGUUAUCAUUUUGAACGUGCACCAUUUUCGGCAGCGAGCCAUAUGACUAAGCUAUUUAUUGGUGUGCUGAUCUGACCAGUCACAAUCGUAUGCGUAAAUUGACAGUUGAUAUACGGAUUAGCUGAUUGUCGUAAUAGGGAAGGAAGUGUUUUAAAAUUCCUAAAUAAAGGUUGGCAAUACAUAAGCUACAUAAGAAUCUCCCUGCAUGUUUAUGGACCAAGAAAGCUGUAGAUCAAAUCAAAUCAAAUGUUAUUUGUCACGUGCCAAAUAAAACCGGUGUAGACCUUACCGUGAAAUGCUUACUUACAAGCCCUUAACCAACAAUGCAGUUUUAAGAAAAUAAGAGUUAAGAAAAUAUUUACUAAAUAAAGUUUAAAGAAAACUCAAACUAUGGGCAGAUUUGAGUCAUUCAGACAACACAUACAUCGUCGUUUCAUAUUUUUUCCUACCCUCGCUCUCCUUGUUAGUUAGAUAUUAUGCACAUUUAUGGCUUCGUAGAAAAUAACAUCGCCAUUGAACUGGUUCUCAUAGUAGCAGUAAACAGCACCAAGUGACGUGAGGAGAUGUGAAAGAGAGCAGAGUUACAUCCUCGCUCUAUCCAAUCGUAGCAGUAGGAUGAAGAUACAACCCGUUCAUUUCUUGACAGAUAGUUGAACUAGCCAAUUGAGCUAUUUCGAAUUUCAUCCUGGCAGCAGAGUAGUUUUAGAGAUGCGUCCUGACAGCUAAAUGUUUUUUUUUUUAGAUCAUGGAAAAUGACAAAAAAUACUUGUUUCAUGAUGUUACGUUGGACCCAUUUGCAUUGAAUAGAUGUUAUAUAUUCUCAAACUACACUGAACAAAAAUAUAAACGCAACAUGCAACAAUUUUUUACUGAGUACAGUUCAUAUAAGGAAAUCAGUAAAUUGAAAUAAAUUCAUUAGGCCCUAAUCUAUGGAUUUCACGACUGGGAAUACAGAUAUGCAUCUGUUGGUCACAGAUACACUAUAUACAAAAGUAUGUGGACACCCCUUCAAAUUAGUGGAUUCGGCUAUUUCAGCCACACCCGUUGCUGACAGGUGUAUAAAAUUGAGCACACAGCCAUGCAAUCUCCAUAGACAAACAUUGGCAGUAGAAUUGCCUUACUGAAGAGCUCAGUGACUUUCAACGUGGCACUGUCAUAGGAUGCUAUCUUUCCAACAAGUCAGUUUGUCAAAUUUCUGCCCUGCUAGAGCUGCCCCGGUCAACUGUAAGUGCUGUUAUUGUGAAGUGGAAACGUCUAGGAGCAACAAUGACUCAGCUGCAAAGUAGUAGGCCACACAAGCUCACAGAACGGGACCGCGAGUGCUGAAGGGCAUAGCACGUAAAAACCGUCUGUCCUCGGUUGCAACACUCACUACUGAGUCCCAAAGUGCCUCUGGGAGCAACGUAAGCACAAUAACUGUUCAUCGGGAGCUUCAUGAAAUAGGUUUCCAUGUCCAAGCAGCCACACACAAGCCUAAGAUCACCAUGCACAAGAGUCGUCUGGAGUGGUGUAAAGCUCGCCGCCAUUGGACUCUGGAGCAGUGGAAACGCGUUCUCUGGAGUGAUGAUUCAUGCUUCACCAUCUGGCAGUCCGUCGGACAAAUCUGGGUUUGGCGGAUGCCAGGAGAACACUACCUGCCCGAAUGCAUAGUGCCAACUGUAAAGUUUGGUGGAGGAGGAAUAAUGGUCUGGUGCUGUUUUUCAUGGUUCAGGCUAGGCCUCUUAGUUCCAGUGAAGGGAAAUCUUAACUAUACAGCACACAAUGACAUUCUAGACGAUUCUGUGCUUCCAACUUUGUGGCAACAGUUUGGGGGAGUACCUUUCCCGUUUCAGCAUGACAAUACCCCCGUGCACAAAGCGAGGUCCAUACAGAAAUGGUGGAAGAACAUGACUAGCCCGCACAGAGCCCUGACCUCAACCUCAUCGUACACCUUUGGGGUGAAUUGCAACGCCGACUUGUCUGGUGAGUAUGCAGGCCAGGUACACUGGUUGAGUAUGUGGCAUGGAAGGAAUCUGUGUGAGAUUCAGCUUCCAUUGCGACAUGGAUUGUGGACUGGUGGCCCGUGCAUUAUCAUGCGAUCCAGGCUGAAACAUGAGGUGAUGGCGGCGGAUGAAUGACAAUGGGCCUCAGGAUCUCAUCACGGUAUCUCAGUGCAUUGAAAUUGCCAUAGAUGAAAUGCAAUUGUGUUCUAGUCCGUAGCUUAUGCCUGCCGCUACCAUAACCCCACAGCCACCAUGCGGGACACUCUGUUCACAAUGUUGACAUCAACAAACCGCUCGCCCACACGAUGUCAUACACACUGUCUGCCAUCUGCCCAGUACAGUUGAAACCAGGAUUCAUCCGUGAAGAGCACACUUCUCCAGUUGCCAGUGGCCAUCGAUGGUGAGCAUUUCCCCACUGAAGUCGGUUACGACGCCAAACUGCAGUCAGGUCAAGACCCUGGUGAGGAUGACGAGCACGCAGAUGAGCUUCCCUGAGACCCUACAGUUUCAUCAGCUAUCCGGGUGGCUGGUCUCAGAUGAUGCCGCAGGUGAAGAAGCCGGAUGUGGAGUUCCUGGGCUGGUGUAGUUACACGUGAUCUGUGGUUUUGAGGCUGGUUGGACUUACUGCCAAAUUCUCUAAAACAACGUUGGAGGCGGCUUAUCCUAGAGAAAUGAACAAUUAAUUCUCUGGCAACAGCUCUGGCGGACAAUUCUGCAGUCAGCAUGCCAGUUGCACACUCCCUCAAAACUUGAGACAUCUGUGGCAUUGUGUUGUGUGACAAAACUGCACAUUUUAGAGUGGCCUUUUAUUGUCCCCAGCACAAGGUGCACCUGUGUAAUGAUCAUACUGUUUGAUCAGCUUAUUCAUAUGCCACACCUGUCAGGUGGAUGGAUUAUCUUGGCAAAGGAGAAAUGCUCACUAACAGGGAUAUAAACACAUUUGUGCACAACAUUUGAGAGAAAUAAAUGUUUUGUGCAUGUGGAAAAUUUCUGGGGUCUUUUAUUUCAGCUCAUGAAACAUGGGACCAACACUUUACAUGUUGCGUUUAUAUUUUUGUUCAGUGUAACAGCAGUGCCUAUAUGAUGUCCUUCCAUACAGACGUGACAUGCUGGAGUAAUGCUUCAAUGCAGAUGUUGAUCAGUAGGCUAAUAUAAGUCCCAAAUGGAAGGCAAACAGAUUGUUUGUCAUUUGUAGCACCAUAGACUCCACUGAUCAGCCAAAACAAGCUCAAUAACUCAAUGCAUGCACAUACUCCUACUGAAUAUGCAUUCACCUGUAUUGUGAGUAGGCCUAUGCCAUCUUAAUUCACCCAGUUUAUCAAGAGAUUUACCAUUCAAAAUGUAUUUUUACUAUUAUGUUAUGUAGUCAGAUUGGUAAAAACAAAGUCAAAUGUAUUGUUUGAUUUUAAAAUUGAUGCAUUAAUGCAUACAUGGCUGUCUCUGGGAAAUGUCGUCAUCAAAAUGUUCAAAUUUAAUGAAAUUGAAUAUCGGCCUAAAAUAUCGGCCUCCUUGACCACCAAAAACUGGUAUUGGCCCUAAAAAAGUAUAUAUUUUUCUCUAACACACACACAAUCCUACAGAUACUCACUUACCUGUCCCUGUUCUACCCCACAGGAGGCCAACCCACUCUCCACGGGACCGUGAGGGCAGGUAAGCAGUCUUAUUUCAUGCCCUUUUAAUCUAAUACAUCUCUUCUUAUCUGACCAUUCUGACUGUGAUUGAAUGUCUGAUGUCACUUCCUGUGCUGUCCCAUGUAGUUUCAGGCCACAGAAAGAAGUAGUGGAGGUGCAUGAGCAGACCAUCACUGUUGCUGUAGAGGUGAAGAGGGAACCUACAACCAGGUACACACUCACACAGACGAACGCACACACACACACAUUAUCGCCUGUCUGACAGCAGUGUGUCUAUCUCUGUCACAGUGUGGUUCCAGAGGACCUUCAGGACUCUAAAGUAACAGAGGAGGAAGUCAUCACACAGACCACAGCUGCUUCCCCCACCUCCUCUACACCUCCUUCAACCCCUCCUCCCUCCUCCGCCCCUCCAUCCUCCACUCCUCCCUGCUCAGUCCCACCAGCCUCCACUCUCCCUCGUUCCCUUCCUCCCUCAGUCCCUUCCUCCUCUGCCCCUCACUCGAACUCCACUCUCCCUUCUUCUUCCACUCAUCCUUUCUCCACCCCUCAAUCAUCAGCUCACAACGCCUCCACCCUUCCACCCUCUGCAGUCCCUACAGCCUCCACCUCUCCCUCUUCCACCACUCCCGCCUCCACCUUUCCUUCCUCCUCCCGCCAUUCUUCUCUCCUUCCAAGCACCCCUCCCUCCUCUCUCCCUCCGAGCCCCCAGGUGACAGCAGAACGCUUUUCGUCCAAUCAUCUGUCUGUCACCUCGUCCGUCAGCCACAACUCACUGGAGGGGGAGGUGCCAGUCUCAGACAUCUACUUUGUAAGUCGUGUGUGUGUGUGUGUGUGUGUGUGUGUGUGUGUGUGUGUGUGUGUGUGUGUGUGUGUGUGUGUGUGUGUGUGUGUGUGUGUGUGUGUGUGUGUGUGUGUGUGUGUGUGUGUAAGUAACAGUGUUCAGCGUGUGAGUUUAGCCCUGGAGCUCCUUUUUGUUUACUGGGGUUUUGGAUUUCUUACAGUUGGGCAGUAAGGACAGCGUGGUUGAUCUAUGAGGGUGAGGGUGUCUGUAGUUUGCUGUCAUGGAUCAUUGAUCAUUAAUCACAAAGUGUGGCUUUAAAGCAUGUGGCAAUGUUGGUUCUCUCCCUGCAAUAAAGAGGUUGGAUUGAAUCCUGAGACACCACAUGCCUGAUAAUAACCAUUCUGCUGACAUAGCAACUGGGAGAGACAACAGUCUAUUUUGUGUUGUGUGGUGUGGAUUGCAUGUUUGCUUGUGGCAUGUGUGUUGCUCAUGCCUGGCUGAUCCAUAUUAAUCCAGUCAUGUGAUUCAUUCUUCUAAUACCCCAGUCAUAUCAUGAUGUGUCGUCAACAGCAAUCUGGCCUGGUGGUUCAUUCAACAUUAUGUUAUUUCUUCAUCCAUUUUGAAUAUGUAUUAUUCCAUUCUCCUCUUCAUUUUCACUCUCUUUUUCCUCUCUCUCCACUGUCCCAUCCCACCCAUGUUGUCACAACAUCCUUCUGUCAUCUCUCUCUCUCUCUCUCUCUCUCUCUCUCUCUCUCUCUCUCUCUCUCUCUCUCUCUCUCUCUCUCUCUCUCACUUCCUUUUCCAUUUCUCUUCAUCUACCCUCCUGUCCGUACCCGUGUGUGCGCAUGUGUGUGUCUGUGUGUCUUUGUGUAUGCACGUGUGUGUGUGUAUUAUCAGUAUGCUGAUGGGAGGUAUUGGGUGUACUCCCCAAUUCUGGGUCGUAAGAAGCUCAACUCAAGCUCGAGCUGCAAUGUAAGUGUCGGCUGCUGGUUGCACAAGCCAUAGUCAGGUGUAGUGUAAUGUAAAGUGGUGCAGACUGGUGUAGUCCCCUGUAACUCAGUUGGUAGAGCAUGGCGCUUGCAACACCAGGAUUGUGGGUUUGUUUCCCACGGGGGGGGGGGGCCAGUAUGAAAAUGUAUGCACUCACUAACUGUAAGUCGCUCUGGAUAAGAGCGUCUGCUAAAUGACUAAAAUGUAAAUGUAAAAUGUGUAGGCUUUCUUCCCCUGAUUCUGAGCUUGUAGUGCCCAUCUCAAAUCAACCCUUACUCUAGCCCCUUGGGCACUUUGUGUAGUAUAGAUCUGAAAGGAUUGGGUAAGUGUGAGCAAAAUGGCAAAACAACUAAACAUUUAACACCUAAUAUAGGGUUAGAGGAGCUAUUUAGGAUUUGUAGAAAGUCUUCCUCCCUAAAUGUACUUUUCUCUCUCUUCGUCCUGUUUCUGUGUAUGCUGACCUGUGUGUCUGCUGCCCCUGCGGGUUGGGUGGUGUAACAACAGAAUCAGGAGGACAGGAGCUGGGUGUACUCUCCUCUGCACUACGGCUCAGAGUCCAGACCUGGCUCUGACGGGGAGAGCGAGACA